CGGGAAAUAGGCCACCAUGAUGGUGCGGCGCGCUCGAUGCCGACGGCUCUCAGUUCCAGUCGCGUAGCACCACCAGCCGCUGCUCCUCGGCCAGCCGUAGUGCAGUGAGUGCGUGUCGCGCGAGCGAGGUGUUCGCAGUGUGUCCCCGACCGUCAGCGCAGCACCACGCCGUUCUUCCGAUAUAUAUAUUUUUUAUUUUAUUAUCUAACCGGCCUUGGCGCUAUUUCGACUCUAGUGUUUUCGCGUCUCCUUUCGGACGGACCCACGUUAGAGCUCGUCGGUGCAAUGUCAGCGGCAGUCGCGGCGGCGGCGGCGGAGACCCGCCCGCCACCACCAGCGCUGAACGGGGCGCUCAAUGGACACGCGCUGCUCAACGGAGACCGACGAUGGGAGGAUCACUUCCUGCCCACCCCGCUGCGGCUCGACGACAAGAUACGCGCGCAAAAGAUCGAAGCGCGAAUAAGCAAGAUGGUGUUGUGCGGCGCGACGUUGCGGCGUGUGGCGGACGUGUUCGAGCACGAGAUCGAGGCAGGCCUGCAGGAGCGCCCCUCCAGUCUGCAGAUGGAGAACACCUACGUGCCAGAGUUGCCCGACGGCACAGAGGAGGGUUCGUUCCUGGCACUGGACCUGGGCGGCACCAACUUCCGCGUGCUGUUCCUUGAGUUGCGUUCGGGCCAACUCGUGCAGGAGAAGGUCAAGCAGUAUCACAUCAGUGACGCGCUGCGGCUCGGACCUGGCGAUGACCUGUUCAACUUUCUCGCCGAUUGUGUGCAGGACUUCAUCUGCGCCGAGGGCAUGGAGAACGAUACCUUCUCAUUGGGAUUCACAUUUUCAUUCCCGAUGAAGCAGCAUUCCAUCUCGUCUGGCGAGCUGAUCACGUGGACGAAGAGUUUCAAAUGUGGCGGGUUAGAGGGCGUGGACGUGGCGGCACUGCUUCAGCAAUGCCUGCGCGCGCGCAACCUGGAUGUGACGGUGCGCGUGUUGCUGAACGACACCACUGGCACGCUGGUGGCGGGCGCGCACGCCGACCCCGCCGUCGGCAUCGGCGUCAUCCUCGGCACCGGCUCUAACGGCUGCUACAUGGAGCGCGCCGAGCGCGUGCAGCACUGGGAGCGCCCGCACCAGACCGUGCACGACGUCUGCGUCGACGUCGAGUGGGGCGCCUUCGGGGACAAUGGGUGCCUCAACUUCCUUCGCACUGAGUUCGACGACGAGGUAGACGCGCGCUCUCUGCUCGUCGCUUCUUUCACAUUCGAGAAGUACAUUGGUGGCAAGUACCUGGGCGAGAUCCUGACGUCGGUGCUGUCGGCGCUGGCGCGCGAUAAGCUGUUUCCAGCAGCGCCCCGACCCAGCUUCCUGCAGACCGCGCAUGUCAGCCUCUUUGAAGAGGAGAACUGUGCAGGCGAGGUGUCGCGCACGCUGGCGGCGCUGCAUGACGCGUGCGGCGCUGACGUCACACUGUCGUCCGCCGACGCGCUCGUCGCGCAACACGUCGCGCACGUCAUCUCCAACCGCGCUGCUCAGCUCGUCUCUGUCUGUAUCUCAACAUUGCUGCGGCGCAUGGAUCGGCCUUACGUAGGCGUAGCGGUGGACGGCUCCGUGUACAAGCACCACCCGCGCAUCGCGCACCUCAUGGACAAGUACAUCACGCUGCUCGCACCCGACCACCCGUUCUCGCUGCGAGGCGCGGAGGAUGGCAGCGGUAAGGGCUCGGCGUUGACGGCCGCCAUCGCGGCGCGCAUCGCUGUGCGAGAGUCUUAGCGCAGCCCACAUCGUCAUUCCUCCACUGGAGAGCAUGGGACAGUUCCACAGCGCGCGCGCAGUGUGUAAUGUGUCGCGAAUGCAGCCGCUGUGCUCCAGUGACUAGUGCAAUAUAGUUGUAGGGUUGUAGUGCUCGUCUCCAAUGUUGAUACUCGAUAAGUUUAUACAAUGUUUUAGUGUAAGUCUAGUGUGGUGCGGGGCGCCACAGCAGCGGGCCGCCAUUCUCAGUUAUGAUCCAACAUCUACGUGAAUGUGCGAUGGAAGUGGCCGCCUCCAGCAUUUGUUACUAAAUAUUCAUUAAUAUUAUAGCGGAAUGGUCAGGAGAUGGAUGUAGGUAAUAAUGUGUACCGAUUCAGGGUUACGUUAAAUAUUUAUAAAGCGAUACUGAUAUAUUUAUAGCCAGCGGUUUUUUAGCUAAGAAAUCGGUGAAGUUCGACUGUGCCUCAUUCCAUUGGUGCACGUUAUAAUUGGCGACCACGUUCGUGCUGCGUGAAGGGCCUCGCAGCCUCCUCCAGUGAGAUACAUCAUUAUAUUGUUUGUAUUUUGUACAUAAUAUACAACCUAUACAAUAUAUUUAGACAAUCAUGAGGCACUUGGUGCAGAUCUAAUACAGGAAAAUUAGAUAUUUUAUAAAAAAAAAAAAAAUUAAACAAGUGCAGUACGGCCGAUUUAUAUUGGGUGUUUUGCAAGACAAAAAACGUCGUAAGCGACGUCCCGGUGUUCCUAGUAGAUGUCGGGUAGUGCUUUACUUCAGGCCGCUCAAUGUAGAUCGCUCGUUCUGUACGUGCGUUUGGUGCAAAAAUAGAGACAUUUAUUAGCGUUAAACGCUCGUUUUAAGUAGUUAGCGAUUAUAUGUAUGUGUGAACGUGUGUGUGCGUGAGCGUGUCUGUGUGUGUGUGCGCGGUCGCCCGCGUGGUAUGUCGGGCGGCGCGGCGUCAGUACAUAUCGUGCCAUACUCAUGUGUGUUGUUCGAAAGGGCCGGUACGCCGGCGCAGGCAGCUGGUCAGUAGUCACACGCUCUAGACUGUAUCUUUUUCGUAAAUAUUUUAAUAAAUUAUGUUUACAAUCGG